GUGACUUAUUUGUGCGGUAUGAGUAUCUUUUACCUGUUUAAGUAUGUGAUAGCGUUUUCAUCGUGGAUUGAUGAUCACCCAUUAACCUCACUCUAUUCCAAGGACAAGAAAACUCAAGUGCAUACUAAUCCAGAUACCUGUAUCAACUGGGACAGGAUGCCGGGGGAGGAAAAGGGCAGUAGAGGAAGGGACUUAGCUGAGCAGGCCUUUUUCAAAACGGUAGUGCCGGCGAAGGCGGAGAUUCAUUGGGACGGAGAAGGCAAGGAAGAAGCAUAGUAGGGAAAGGGGAUUGACAGACAAGAGGGAUUGGGGGUGGGCUGUUUGCACCUUAAAGCAAGUUAUUUGUUUUACUUUGGUGACUGCCUGCGAGCCCAUCGCAUCUCCUAUGCAAUCUCUACUUUUUGUUUUGUUCUUGCAUUGUUUGCCUUCCUGCCUGUCAUCCUCUGUUCCUGUUUCAAGACCUGUGAGAGGAAAAUCAAGCAGUACCUCUAUUGUUCGGCUCAGUCUACAGGGGGAAUAGUGAAAGUUUUCUCCUGAUUCCAGCUACAGUCCAUGUCCCAUCAUGACACUCGUUUCCCAGGGUGAAGAGGAGGAACUAUGACGAAAAAUUUUCAUUUCUGUCAAGUAUCACCUACCAGCCUUAGUUCUGGCCUUUGUGUUGGCUUAUAAGAGUGGACAAGCAGCACAAGGCACAGCUAAGCAAGCUGUCAAUAUUUCUCAGCCUCUACAUUUAAGCCGCCAUGACUGAGCUAGUGACAUGCAGAAAAACAAAGAAAGGGAUGUCUCAAGAUGAAUCUUGCAUGGGACAAACUAUGACUGGGGAGUCUUCAUCCAGUCCAAGGGAGACUGAUAUAUUGGAAGAUGAGGAUGAUGUAGCAGCUACCUCUUCAGAAACGCCAAAUAAUAUGUGCUUCCUUUCUACUGAGAAUCCGCCAGAAGAGCCAAUAUUAGUUUGUGCCGACCUUAAUAACAGCUGGAUUCAAGAGGAAAUCAAAACUGAAAAUAACUUUGGAUUAAAUGGAAACAGCUCGGACAAAAUGUGGAAAGAGAAGCCACCACCUUUGCUGACUCCUCAUUCAUCAGUAAGAGGGCACAGCGGCAAGAAAGCGGCACAGAGUAGUCCGCUGGAAGAGAUGAACGUUUGCAGUGUUUCACAAAACUCUGAUAUUUUAGACUCUUUAGAGUCAACAUAUGCCACAAAUGUGUCAUCUUACCAAGAUGCAGAGCUAGCUUCGUUAUCUGUGGACGUAGAUGACUCAAUAGAGCAGCUGAACCAACUGAUACUGGAUUUGGACCCCACCUUUGUUCCUGUUCCUACUGGUUGUUCCCUCCUGUCCCAAUCCCACUCCCUAAAAGAGAGAGAGCUAAGUGAUACUGGAAAUACUCAUCUGACUGGCUGGAAACGGCAGAAGCAUAUCAGUGAUGUAACUGACUACUCUAGUAUGAGGAUGCACAACAGCGAUCUUCAUGGUCUCAUGUCAGGGGGGGAAGGACCUCAAAACAUGCAUGGGGGUACUCCUACCCAUUUGUCAUCACAGCUGUAUAAGCAGAACUAUUUGGACUACAGCGGACCAAGUGAUAGCUUUGAAUCUGUCCCACCAACUCCAGCCUUUCCAGUGUCUCCUCCAACACCUUAUGUCGAACAGUUUUCAGACUUUUCUUGUAUCAGGACUGGUGGUCAGCGGGCCCAACACAGCUGGGCACAAGAUUCCCGAAGUUUUCUGGAUAGUGCAAACCAUACUGGCAGCUCUAUUGACGGCGAGCUGUUCAGAUCAGACACGCCUGCAAGCUCUGGUUCCUGUCCUCGGAUAUUUGGUUCCAUGUGUUCUGUGUCAUCGAGCAGCCCCCUUCCACACAUAGACAGCAGCACAACACCUCCUGUUUGGCACCAGCAAACUUCUCAGCCCUCAACUCCUAUCAAGCUCAACGCUCCUAAUGCCCACAGUUCACCUCGGCGGGCACUGAAAGGACUGGAUGUGUGCUCAGGGAUCCACAUGGAGACCAAUAGCACAGAUUUAUCCUCCUUGUUGACAGAAAAUGGCCACCUGGAGCACAGCCUGUUGGAGGCCAUGGGGGACCUCAGUGUCCUGGACCUUGGUGGAGAGGGGGAACAACCUCCCCUGUUGCCUGAAAAGAGGCGAGUGAGUGAAGGUGUUGACCUUGGUUCCGGCUUGCCCUAUCUGAGUGGGUUUUUCGGUCUUCACAAUGAGAGCAGUCUCAACCUUUCUUUCUCAUCACUGACCCCAGACACCUUGAGAGGUUUAGGUAGGACCCCAUCGCCUGGAGCAGAGUUUGCCAGUAAACAGGACACUGUGAAGUUUGUUCAGGACACUUCCAAGUUUUGGUAUAAACCUGACAUUUCCAGAGACCAAGCGAUUGCAGUGUUAAAGGAUAGAGAACCAGGCUCUUUUAUUGUCAGAGACAGUCAUUCAUUUCGUGGGGCGUAUGGAUUGGCAAUGAAAGUAGCAACUCCCCCUCCAUCUGUGUUGCAUCAAAGUAGAAAAGUUGGAGAUCCGUCCAAUGAGCUGGUGAGACAUUUCCUGAUAGAGUGUACGCAGAAAGGAGUCCGCCUCAAAGGCUGUCCCGAUGAGCCAUUCUUUGGGAGCCUGACUGCUCUGGUGUGUCAGCAUUCCAUCACUCCUCUUGCUCUGCCUUGCAAACUCAUUCUGCCUGACAGAGAUCCGUUGGUGGAAAUGAGUGACUCUCCUGCAAAGACAGCAGCAAACUCAGCCGCUGAGCUACUAAAGCAAGGCGCAGCAUGUAAUGUGUGGUACCUUGGCUCUGUGGAUUUGGAGUCUUUGACGGGACACCAGGCAGUUCAGAAAGCUACCACGAUGACACUGACAAUGGACCCUCCGUUAGCUUCGACUGUUGUCCAUUUUAAGGUGUCAGCGCAGGGCAUCACACUCACAGACAACCAGCGGAAGCUGUUUUUCAGACGACACUACGCAGUCAAUACAGUCAUUUUCUGUUCGUUGGACCCGCAAGGCAGAAGAUGGACAAGAGGCAGCGGUUCAAAUGCAAAAAUAUUUGGGUUUGUAGCCAGGAAAUCUCAGACUGAGACUGAAAAUAUUUGCCAUCUGUUUGCUGAACAUGACCCAGAACAGCCAGCGAGCGCUAUCGUCAACUUUGUUUCAAAAGUCAUGAUUGGGUCACACAAGAAGUGAACAGAAGGGGUCAUAAGUGUGUCAAAUAAUUGAAACGGAGUGGUCCUUAUUUGACACCUCAUUAUAGUGACAUUCAAAAAUGGGCACCUGAAGAAGAACAUAUCAGUUAACAAGAACUGAAGAGUUAAUACUCAAAACCCUCAAAUCACAUUCUCAAUAUUGCUGCUGUUAGGCGGAAUCCUUGUAUUUUAUCUCCCCAAAAAUUACGUUUCAGCCAAAAACUAAGAAAAAGGCAUGUUAGUAUUUGUCAUAGAUGUUAAUAAUGUGUGUACUGCAAGAAAAAUCCGACAGAGGGAGCCAAAGCUUUUGUUUAUAAUGUAAAUUCUACAGAGGGUUGAAACCAUAGCGCUCUUUGUAAUGCUAUACGUCAAUUGUUGUAUAAUGAUAGUCACAACAAGUAUAAAUAAACAAUUAACAUAAAUAUGUCAAUAAUUUUAUUGGUAAAAUUGUUAUUUGUUUUAGCUUUUACACGUCUUAUUCAAUGCAAUAAAUACAAUAGUAAAGUCUAGCAAAAUGAUUCAUUAUCUUGUAUAGGCCGUAUGUAUAUUUAUAUUUUCUAUUUAUCCAUAUGUAUAAAAUUAUCCCCCCCCCCCC